UCACACCCAUUGCACGGGGUUGUCCCGUGAUUCUACUCGUGAGCUUGGGCGUAAUAAUCAAUUGUUGUGGUUGUGCAAAACAUGUCACGAGUUUCGCAUUGGCACAAAUUCACUUCUCACAAAUCGGCUAUCAAGAGCGAUUUGCUUCCUGAGAUCCUCGCUCUCGUUGAUAAGCGAGCGCUAACACCCAUAUUAGCUAAGCCGUCUGUUAGCAACGCAUCGCGAUCGCACACAUCCACUAAUGUAUCGUCGCUCAAUGCCACAAAUACAUCCAGAACGACUAAAACAGCUUCCGCUCGCCGUACAUUUACUAACUCAACGGAGCUCACUGAUGAUAUCCAAGCUGCGAACGAUACCAACACUGUGGAUGAUUCUGACAACUGUAACCACUACAAUCAUCGUACUAAGCCGACUAGUGAUGUUAGUGCUGGAAACUAUCGAACAAAUACACAAGCAUCUUCUGAUCCUGUUUUGAACCAAAACACCACCAACACGGGCAUAGCCGAGAAAGUAUGGUUAUACUUCACGAACAUCAAAUCGCAUGUCUCGGCUGAUGAUAUGCGUGUGUGGCUUAAAGCUGUGCUACCAACGGACGAUAUUAAUGUUUACCGUCUCACGAAAAAGGGUGUGAACCUGGACUCGAUGUCCUUCAUAUCGUUCAAAGUGAGUGUUCCUAAAUCUCUUAAGGAGCUUGCGCUGCACUCUACUAUUUGGCCAGUUUCACUUACUGUUCGGGAGUUUGUUGCUCGUGGCCUACCAAAGCAACGUGUACAUGAAAGGGCUCGAUUUGACCCUUCUGAGCUUAUUUCGCAUCGUACAAAUAGUGAAAAUUGCUCUUCAGCUGUGCCAAAAACUACCGCUCAUCCGGAUCAUUUUUUGGAACAUCGAUCGCCACCCCCACAGCGCGUGAUUCUAUCACCAUCCCAGAUGACCGAGAUCCUAGAGGCUAUUCAACUGGAGUUUCCUCCCACACCGCCUCAGUUAUCACCGGGGGUGGGGCUUCAAUCACAAUCGAAUCUCAGCAACACGAACCGCUCACCACAGAUCAGCCCGUUUGCCAAACGGAUAGCUCACAAGUAAUAGACCCAUUUGUGAUAUAUUACCAAAAUGUUCGAGGCCUUCGCACCAAAUACAAUGAAUUGCGCCUUUCUGCGAAUGAAUCAGGGUUUGAAAUGCUUGCCCUUACUGAAACCUGGUUAAAUGAAUCGAUUCCAUCCAACAUGGUCCUUGAUAGUGAUGCCUACAACAUAUACCGCUGUGAUCGAAGCAGGUUAAACAACGAACGUUCGCGUGGGGGUGGUGUGCUACUUGCAUGUUCCGUUCGAUAUCCUUCUGUGGCACUUAACAUUAAUCAACCCACGCUUGAAGCUUUAUGUAUACGUGUUUCUUUUCCUAAGUUUCGUCUUUAUGUGGGGAUUGUUUAUGUGCCACCGUAUUUGAGCAGCGACCGCAACUAUUUGGAAUCCCUUUCUGCUUUCAUCAGUGAUGCAUACAUGCAAAUGAAACCGAAUGAUCAUCUUAUCCUUCUGGGUGACUUCAAUCAACCUGCGUUAGAGUGGUCGCUUUCUACCGCAGUAAGGCCAGAUUCAUCUUCAGCUAUAAGACAUUAUGUGCCACAUAUUUCUUCGAAUACAUCCAGUUCCUGCUUUUUGGAUAUGUUAAACCUGCAUGAACUCUAUCAGCUGAACGGGGUGCAUAACCAUUUAAAUCAUUAUUUGGACCUGGUGCUCUCCAACUCUGCUGCAGCUGCUUGUUGUUCUGUGUAUCCUGCUUCGUCACUGCUCCUGCCCCAGGAUGCCCAUCAUCCUGCUCUAGAAAUUGCGUUACCGUCUUCUUUAUUUAGGGCUAGUAGGGUUAUGAAUGUAUUACCUUCUGCUCCUAAUUCAUUGAGAGUUCGUUAUAAUUUUCGGCUCACAGACUAUCGUAAACUUAAUUCAAUUCUAUCUCGUUCCGACUGGUCUUUUUUUUAUCAAUGUACAUCGGUCGACGAGGCUGUCCAAUCGUUUAAUGCUUUGUUAACCUCUGCACUCCUUUCAUGUACACCUAUUUUUCGUUCCCCUCCUAAUCCUCCCUGGUCCAAUCGUACUCUUCGCAACCUGAAAAAGGAUAGAAUGAAAUAUCUUAGGAGGUAUCGUCUGAACCGAUCUGCUUUCAACUUUCGUUUAUUUAAGUACGCUGCCUCUGCGCAUCGACUAUACAACAGGGCUUGUUUUGAGGCCUAUUCGAGUAGACUGCAAUCGCGUUUCCGUUCUGAUCCAGCAUCCUUCUGGCAAUUUGUUAGGAUUCGAAGAGGGUGCAAUACGUUACCUAAUGAAAUGGUACUUGAUUCUCGAACUGCCUCUACGCCUGUUGAGAUCUGUGAGCUAUUCUCUGCACAUUUUUCCCAAAUGUUUGAGCCACCGGUUAGUGACCCUAACCUUAUUGAGGGUGGGCUACUCUACACGCCAGAGAACUUAAUUAAUCUCUCCGAUAUUUCGGUUAGCUCUGAAACAGUUGUACAGGUGUUAUUUGGGUUGAAACGUUCUUUUACUCCUGGUCCAGAUGGCAUUCCUGCCUCUGUUUUAAUAAACUGUAAGGACGUGCUUGCUCCCCACCUUGCUAAAAUUUUCAACCUUUCACUUUCUCUUGGGGUUUUUCCUGCUCUUUGGAAAUCCUGUUGGCUUUUUCCGGUACACAAAAAGGGAUGCCGUAGCAUUGUUUCUAAUUAUCGUGGGAUAACCCAAACUUGCGCCACAGCCAAAACUUUUGAGCUAUGUAUCCUUCCAACCAUACUUCAUAGUUGUAGUUCAGCUAUUAGCCCUAAACAGCAUGGGUUUAUGCCUGGUAGGUCUACUUCAACUAAUCUCAUGUCUUUUAUUUCCAAUAUUUUUAGAUCUUUUGAGGCCGGUACCCAACUUGAUGCAAUAUACACCGACUUUCAUGCUGCUUUUGAUAGUUUGCCUCACUCUUUAUUAUUAGCUAAAUUGUCUAAACUUGGUUUUGGUGAUGGCAUUAUUAGCUGGCUGUCCUCAUAUUUAAGUAAUCGAUCAUGCAGGGUUAAAACCGGGUCGUACUUAUCUGAGGAGUUUUUUUGUACGUCAGGUGUCCCUCAGGGUUGUGUGCUAAGUCCACUUCUGUUUUCUUUGUUCAUCAAUGAUGUUUGUAAUGUUUUACCUCCUGAUGGUCAUCUCCUUUAUGCGGAUGAUAUCAAAAUCUUUUUACCUGUGUCUUCUUCUUCUGAUUGUCUGAGACUUCAGCAUUACCUCAAUGCAUUUGCUCAUUGGUGUUCAUCCAAUUUACUUCGCCUGUGUCCCGAAAAAUGUUCUGUUAUUUCUUUCUCUCACUCUCUUUCUCCUAUUUUAUUUAACUAUACUCUCUCUAGCGCUUCCCUCUCUCGUGUUAUGUCCAUCCGUGACCUUGGUAUUAUACUUGACUGUCGUCUUAACUUUAAACUGCAGCUUGAUGAGGUGCUACUAAAAGCAAAUCGAACCCUUGGGUUUAUCUUACGUUUUACCUCUAUUUUUAGAGAUCAAAGCAUCCUAAGAAUCCUUUAUUGUGCUUUGGUAAGGCCUAUUCUUGAAUAUGCAAGUAUCAUCUGGAAUCCUCCCACUAUUGAUGGCUGUUCGAGAAUUGAAAGCAUUCAGCGCCUCUUUACCAGGAUUGCCUUUCGUCGUUUGUUCGGUGCUGCCUCACUACCUCCCUAUGAAACGCGAUUGCAGUUAUUCAAUCUUCACUCCUUAAGCUUCCGCCGCCAAGUGUUUCAGGCUUGUUUUAUUGGUGGCUUAUUACUUUCUGCUACUGAUGCUCCUGAUUUACUCUCGUCCAUCUCGCUGUAUGUUCCCUCUCGUUCUCUUCGUCCACGUGAUCCUCUGUCAAUUGAAACACGUCAUACUCUUUAUACUUUCAAUGACCCUCUUCUGUCCUGUUUCAGGUUGUUUAACCACUUUUACUAUCUCUUUGAUUUCGACUCCUCUCUUAACUCUUUCCGUAACCGUAUUUUUUCUUCUAAUUCCCUUUAAUUAUUCUCCUUAGUUUUCUAUUACUCUCUUUUUUUUUGUUUUUGUUAAGUUUAUGAUAGUCUCUACGCUCUAAUUUUUUUUUCUUUUCUUUUUUGCUAGGUCAAGACUAGGUUAGUUAGGCUUAGUUUUUCAUGAAUUAUUUUGUUUAUUUGUUAGUAUUAAAUUAGUUUUAAGUCUAUUAUAUUUAGCCUUGAUGGCGGAUAUUGUAUGAAAUAAAUGAAAUGAAAUGAAAUGAAAA